CCCUAUAUAUAAGUGAAUUAGACAGUAACACAACUUGAAGCCAUGCACAUAAACACAUAAACUACUAACAAUUUAUGGAAAACAAAUUAGCAGGUAAUUUUGAGCCAUCUUAUGAGUGGCAACAUGAAGAAGGAUUUGAUCUUCUCUUAGUCCAUCUCCCAGAAUUCAAGGAUAAAGAAGGGUUGAAGGUACAAGUUAGCAACUGCGGAGUUCUAAAGAUCUCAGGAGAUCGUCAAGAGAACCAAACAAGACUCAGAUUUUUAAAAGAGAUUCAAGUAAGGAAGAACCAUGACAAAGAUGAGAUAAAAGCCAAAUUCGAGAAGGGUGUUCUCAAAAUUACGCUGCCAAAUAAAGUUGAUGAAGAAUAUGAAUUAACAACAACAUCAAAUAAAUCAAGAUUCAAGAAGUUCAAAAAGGAGGCCACAGGUGUUGCAGCUAUCGUGGUUGUAGUUGCUGCUCUCUCCGGAUUCGCGUACUAUAUUUAUCGGACUACUAUUAUUAAAGACUAAUAUAGUUUAAACGGAUUUCUUCUAUUUAUAUAGUCCAAAUAAGAAUAUUAUACGGUUAUGAUGCAAUGAAAACAAAGAGGUCCAUAACAUAUUGCAACA